UGAUCGCUUUCAGUAAAAUUGCGUUAAAUUAACUGUAGAGGAUAUAUAUAAGCCCAUUUCCAAAUUAAAAUGUUCCAAUACACAAAUCCAGUGAAUAGGUGGUUAGGUUAGGUCCAAACUUCGAUUCCUUUAUACGUGGACAUCGCACAUAUAUCACCAGUUCCAACUCUUAUUAUUUCACCAAAGAUAGAAUAGUUUACUUGUGUUUAUUUGCUUGCUAGUAAAUAAGAAAUUUUUCUUUUGGUAACCAAAAUGCCGUCUACGUUGUCAAAAUUAACGUUCAAGGUGGCCGGAAAACUUCCCCCGGAAUGGAUUCUGCUGUACUUGAGGAUGACGAAGGCUCAAAAGUUUGCAAUUUUGGGAUCUCUUGUUGGAUUUUUUGGGGUUGUGAAGCAAUUGUAUUUUACGAAGAGAAAAAGUCGCAGACGCUCCAAGGGCUAUGGUGGUCUUGGUGUAGGCCCCAAGAAAACGACUCCCGGGAUUAACAUUGAGUUUUUUAAGCAAAUGAGGUUCUUGUUGAAGCUGAUGAUUCCAACCUUAUGGUCAAAACAGAUUGCAAUACUGUUGGCCCACACGGGAAUGCUGAUGGCGAGAACAUUUUUGUCAAUAUAUGUGGCCAAAUUGGAAGGGAAAAUAGUCAGAGAAAUCGUUCAAAAAAAUGUGGGUCAAUUUAUCCGUCUGCUCACAAAGUGGCUUGUAAUUGCAAUUCCAGCUUGUUUUUGUAACUCGUCGAUUCGAUUCUUGGAGAAGCAUCUAGCACUCAGUUUAAGAACAAGUCUGGUUAAUCAGGCCUAUAAAACAUAUUUCAGCAACCAGAUUUACUACAAAGUUGGAAAUUUGGAUACGAGAAUUCCAAAUCCAGAUCACAGUUUAACCGAAGAUAUUUCUGAAUUUACAACCUCAGUUGCUCAUUUAUAUUCUCACAUCACGAAGCCUUUGUUCGACUGUCUCAUGGUGUCGCUGACAUUGUUCCAAAGAUCACAAGCUGUCGGCUCUAACUUAUUCCUUGGACCCUUUAUUACGCUCUCCGUGGUAGGAUUAACAGGUCAAAUUUUGAAAGCAAUUUCUCCCAGGUUUGGUCAAUUAGCUGCGAAAGAGGCGGAGACCAAAGCAAAAUUGAGACACAAGCAUUCCAGAAUCGUUACAAAUAGUGAGGAGAUUGCGUUUUAUGGUGGAGGAGAGGUUGAAAAGAACAUUCUACAAGAUGCAUAUCGCCAGGAAUAUCAGCAGAGCAAAAAGAUUUAUUUUUCGAAACUUUGGUACGUCUUCUUUGAACAAUUUUUGAUGAAAUACUGCUGGGGUGGAACAGGAAUGGUAGUUACUGCUAUACCAAUCCUUACUGCUCAUAGUUUGAAGAAUGGGAGUGGGGCAGCCAAAAGAACGGAAUAUUAUAUGACAUCGAAACACUUGUUGGUGUCGGGUGCCGAUGCUAUGGAGAGAUUGAUGACCAGUUACAAGGAGGCUGUCGAAUUGGCUGGAUACUCGUCUCGAGUUGCUAAUAUUUUCAAAGUGUUUGACGAAGUUUCUAAAGGCAUUUAUAUUCGCGAGUCCUGUAUCGAACGGGACAUACAAAUAGGUUGGUACAUAACAACUUACAAUAGAUUGUGCCAUGUAUAUGUAUGCAUUUUUGUACAUAUAAUUUCAGGAACUGUGGUUGAAAACAACUCGAGUAUAAUUGAGCUCACAAACAUUAAAGUUGUUACCCCCACUGGGGACGUGAUUGUACAGGAUUUAGAAUUGCUAAUCAAACCUGGAAUGCAUUUGCUUAUCACAGGUCCAAACGGAUGUGGCAAAAGCUCGCUAUUUAGAAUUUUAUCCGGAUUAUGGCCGGUUUAUGGAGGCCACAUGACACGACCUCCGGUAGAUCGACUGUAUUAUAUACCCCAACGGCCGUACAUGUCGCUCGGAAACUUACGAGAACAAGUUAUCUACCCAGAUACUCGAAAAGACAUGCACAGGAAAGGAAUGAAGGACAAAGACUUGACUCGCAUUUUGGAAAAUGUUCAGUUAAAUCACAUUGUCACUCGCGAGGGGGGCUGGGAUUCCGUGCGGGAUUGGCAGGAUGUGCUUUCCGGAGGGGAGAAACAGCGCGUUGGAAUCGCCAGAUUAUUUUAUCACAAACCAACGUUUGCUUUGCUCGACGAAUGCACCUCAGCUGUCAGUAUGGACGUUGAGGACAGCAUGUAUCAACUGAUGAUUAAGAGUGGAAUAACAUUAUUGACAAUUACUCAUCGACCUUCUCUAUUUAAGCAUCAUACUCACAUUCUCAAAUUUACCGGAGAUGGAACCUGGUCAUUCGAGGACAUGAAAUUGGAGUCUUCUUCUUGGACUAUGUAGGUAUAUUGAUAGAUACUUUGUCUGAAUAUUUUAUUGUCAAAUUGAAGCAAUAAUAGUGUUUAUACAUUUUCAUAUUUUAAUCGGAUUUUAUACAAUUUUAAUUUGUGAUUAAAAGAUGUUCUUAAUUA